UUCACAGUCCUCACAACUCACUUCUUCCUCUUUGGCCUUUGCUAUAGUCUAUACGCCCUCACAAAAAUCCCCAAAGCUUUCUUCUCUCAACUCCCAAGCAAUGGCCGUUGUGACCACAAGCCACGAGUACACUUGCUCCAUUGCCCCUGCAAGGCUCUUCAAGGCCUUGGUGCUCGACGCCCACAACCUCAUUCCUAAGGUUAUCCCUUCCAUCAAGAGCAUCGACAUCGUCCAUGGAGAUGGCGGUGCCGGCAGCAUUAAGCAAACCAAUUUCGCCGAUGGCAGCCACUUCAAGUACAUGAAGCACAGAGUCGACGAGCUUGACUCUGCCAACUUCUUCAGCAAGACCACUUUGAUCGAGGGCGAUGCGCUGGGCGACAAGCUCGAAUGCAUUGUUUACGAGAUCAAGAUGGAGGCUGUUGGCGCUGGAAGCGUGACCAAGAGCACCAGCCACUACCACCCCAAGCCAGGCGUUGAGCUGAAGGAAGACGACAUCAAGUCGGGAAAAGACAAGGCCACCGGCAUCAACAAGGCUGUUGAGGAAUACCUCCUCGCCAACCCUGAUCUCUACGCUUAAGCCAAAACAUUUGUCUUUGAAGCAGUACUGUUAUUAGCAGAAUAUACUGUAUGAUGGUUUCUUAUACAAAACAGAUUUGGUUGUGGUUUUUUUUUUUUUAUCUUUUAAUAGUGUCAAAAGGUUCCUAAUAAGAGGCCCCUUGAUGUUUGUGGGCUGGUUGGCUUGAGAGUUCUGAAUUAAAAUAUGAAUUCGAUUCA